UUUUCACUUCCGCGUCAGUGUUUUAGAGUCCUGCUGCACAGCAGGUAUAGAACAGGGACACGCUGCAACAAAGUAAAAUGCACUAAAUGUAAUAUAAAGUAAAAUGCAGCGACACAGCGGGCUGAUUUAGCCUGCUGUCAUUAACAAGAGUAGCUGAAAAUGUGAGGCACCUGGUUGACCAAGUUAUCUGGUUAUAGCGGCUGGUAACUGAAUGACAUGCGGAUUGAAUGAUCAUAACCUAAAAUAAUGGAACGUGUGGAAACCCUUAAAUCUGCUUGAUCUUGCAGUGUGUGUGUCUGUGAUAGCUGCAAAGAACUGUGGUGAGAUUUAGACCUAAUCAUAAAGUCAACCUUGGCUCAGACGUCAUGUCCUGACUGUGAUUCAAACAUCCAGAGCAAUGGAGGGGCAGCUAGACAGUUCAAGGCCUUCCAGCAUCAUAUCAGAACUGUGUGACACCGAGGAGGACUGGCCAUUUCCUGUGUGGCAGAAUGGCACCCUCAGUCCCUGCUUUAACCACAUCAUCUGUGGAUCUCUUGUGCAUGCUCUUACUGCAGUGCUCAGUGCCUGUUAUCUGAGUAUGCCGAGACUCAGUCCCCCUCUGCCUUCACUGCCUGUUGGCUGGAUCUUCAGGUCUGUUGCUGCACUGCUGCUGGUUUUUGUUUUUAUCGCAGAUUUGGGAUUGGUGUUCGUGCUCCACCAGAAGGAUUUUUAUUUGAACAUCUUGGCUGAUGGAUGUGGUGUCAUUGCAUGGCUGGUCCACUUUGGGGCCAUUUUGUCCUUGCAAAGAUCUGUCUACAGAAGGACUCGAGGGCCCCCAUUUUUUCUGAUCCUGGCUAUUCUUCCUGUUCCUAACACAGUGUUUACCCUCAUUACUUACAUUCAGGAUGGCAGUCAUUUCAGUAACGAGCACCUCUUGCAGCUUGGAAGAUUUGUCUUGUCUGUUACCAGGGCAGCCCUAAUCCUUUUGUACUUUCAGGCCUUUAUCUUUCCUUGUUACACGACGCAAAGGGAGACUCUGCUUGUAAACACGGACGAUGGGGCUCCUCUUAUUGUUCCAGAGCCUGCUGGAGGAGAAAUGGUGGCAGAGGAUGGCUGCAGCUGCCUGUCCAGGUUUCUCUACUUGUGGUUGAACUUUCAACUGAGGUUGGGUCAGCGUGGAGAGCUAGAGAGACCCUGUGAUGUUUUACAACUGCCCCAAAGGCUACGGACCAAAGCUGUCAUUCAGCGCUUCAGUCAGUGUUGGAUACAGUGUCUGAAUAACAGAGUGCCAAGGACACUUGAAGGGAACCAGCAGGAUGGUUUGUACAGUGUGAUCCAGCCUGAGGAGCUCUCAGAAGAAAUGAGCCACCAUGAGGUGAGACUCUUCAGGGUGCUACACAAGGCUUUUGGCCCACGCUACUACCUCCUUGGUGUGCUGAAGUUAAUGGCCAGCCUGCUAGCCUUCGCAGGACCACUGCUCCUCAGCUGGCUAGUGGGUUUCAUGGAGACUGAGGGGGCACCACUAAGCAGGGGUGUGUGGUGUGCUGUGGGACUUUUCUCGAGCACUUUCUUAGCAGCAUUCUUCCGCAACGUCUUUGUUUUUGAAGUGUCAAAGGUGGCUCUGGAGGCUCGGGCCGCCGUGGUGUCCACUAUCUAUGCUAAAGCUCUGCGGGUCAGCAGCUCAGCGCUGGCACGUUUCACUACGGGUGAGGUGGUCAACUACAUGAGCACGGACACAGACCGAGUGGUCAAUUUUUUCAACAGUUUCCAUGAAGUUUGGAGUCUUCCUUUCCAGUUUAUCCUGGCCCUUUACCUGCUUUACCUGCAGGUGGGUGUCGCCUUCCUGGGAGGGCUGGGUGUGGCUUUAUUGCUUGUGCCACUGAAUAAAGUGCUGGCAGCCCGCAUCCUGGAGAACAAUAAACACAUGCUGACACACAAGGACAACAGAGUGAAGCUUAUGACUGAAGUCCUUUUUGGAAUCCGAGUUCUCAAGUUCUAUAAUUGGGAGCAGCACAUUGCAGAGAAGAUAACUCAGAGUCGCAAAAAAGAGCUGAAUCACCUGAAAGCCUUGAAGUAUCUGGAUGCAGUGUGUGUGUAUACCUGGGCAGCUCUUCCUGUCGUCAUCUUAAUCCUCACCUUCCUCACGUACGUGCUGCUUGGAAACAGUCUUACUGCAGCGAAGGUUUUCACUACUCUUGCUCUAGUGGGCAUGCUCAUUCUUCCACUCAAUGCCUUCCCCUGGGUUCUUAAUGGUACAUUGGAAGCCAAAGUAUCUCUGGACCGCAUUCAGCUCUUCCUCAGUCUUCAUGAUCAAGACUUCAGUGCAUACUACAGCCAAGUAUGUCCCGAGGAUCCUCUAACUGCCAUUCAGUUGACCCAAGCCAGUUUCUCCUGGAAGAAGCCAGAUCCACAGUCUAACUCUGAGGUGGAGGACACAUCUCCAACAGGAAGUCUAUAUCUCCAUAAUCUCAACUUAAGUGUCAAGAAGGGCUCUCUAUUUGUUGUGGUUGGCAAAGUUGGCUGUGGGAAAAGCUCACUAUUAGCUGGCAUUACUGGAGAGCUGAACAGAGUUGGAGGCAUUGUGCAUGUCCAGGGCAGAGAGGAGGGCUUUGGCUUGGUUGCCCAGGAGCCAUGGAUCCAGCAUGCAACUGUGCGUGACAACAUCCUGUUUGGAAAGGACUUUGACAGUGGCUUCUAUCAAGCUGUGCUUGAGGCUUGCGCCCUCACUGCAGACCUUAAUAUUUUGCCAAAUGGGGAUCAGACAGAAGUAGGAGAGAAUGGAGUGACACUCAGCGGAGGGCAGAAAAGUCGACUCGCUCUAGCCCGAGCUGUUUAUAUGGACAAGGACAUCUAUCUGCUGGAUGAUCCUUUAGCAGCAGUUGAUGCUGAUGUGGCUCAUCAUCUCAUGGAGAAAUGCAUUUUGGGAAUUCUUAGAAACAAGACCAGAAUCCUUUGCACUCACAGAAUAGAGUUUGUGGAGAAAGCUGAUAUGGUGAUACUGAUGGACAGUGGGACGGUUGUAAAAACAGGAACACCACAGGAGGUCUUAUCUCUGGUGAAAGAUGUACCUAUGGGUAGCAGGAAUGAGAGCAAAGUGAAGGAGAAAGAUGGUGCUGACCAAGAAGAAGAGCUGACCAGUGAGCCAGUUUCAGAGGAGGGGCUACGCACUAUAGGGGAGGAGCAGAAGCAGAUGGGCAGGCUUGCCUGGACAGUCUAUAAGUCCUAUUGGAAAGCGGUGGGCGGGUGUAUGGCUGUGUCUGUUCUUUUGUCCCUGCUCCUCAUGCAAGGCUCUAAGAAUGUGUCUGAUUGGUGGCUGUCUCACUGGAUCUCCAACUUAAAAGCCAAUGGGUCUGAACUGGUGUCUCUGACAGCAAGUCCCUUCUCUUCCCUAGUGCUUCUCUCUGCAGACACACUUGCGUUUCCUUUACCAGUCAGAGACUCAUUUGGCAAUAUGAGCUCAGAGAUGAAGUUCUAUAUGACUGUGUACGGUUCUCUAGCUGUAGCCAAUACGGUCUUCACUGCUGCUCGUGCCUUCCUGUUUGCUUAUGGAGCAAUCCACGCUGCCACGGUCAUCCACAGAAGACUGCUGGAUAGUGUGCUUAAGGCGACAGUGACAUUCUUUGACACCACUCCUCUGGGCAGAGUCCUAAAUCGCUUCUCCUCAGACAUCUAUAGCAUAGAUGACUCGCUACCGUUCGUCCUCAACAUCCUUCUAGCCAAUGUUUUUGGGUUGUUGGGAAUGCUGGUGGUGAUGAGCUAUGGGCUCCCCUGGGUGCUGCUCCCUCUAGUUCCACUAGGGGUGCUGUACUACCAGACUCAGAGGUAUUAUCGGCACUCCUCCCGUGAGCUCAAACGCUUGUGCAGCCUCACUCUUUCUCCAGUCUAUUCACACUUCUCCGAGACACUCUGUGGCCUGACAACAGUGCGGGCCAGUGGACACGCUGCCAGGUUUGAGGAGGAGAAUGAGAGGCGGUUGGACCAGAACCAGCGCUGUGUGUUCAUCAGUAAUGCUGCCAUGCAGUGGCUAGACAUUCGGCUGCAGAUGAUUGGCGUCACUGUAGUGACCGGCAUUAGUAUAAUCGCUGUGAUCCAGCACCAGAUCAGAUCAAUUGAUCCAGGUAUGGUGGGUCUGGCUCUGUCCUAUGCUCUAUCCAUCACUAACCUGCUAUCAGGACUGAUCUUCAGCUUCGCCCAGACUGAGAUGCAGCUGGUGAGUGUGGAGCGUACUGAGGAGUAUUCCACCUGCAUUCCCCUGGAACCACAGCAUGGCAAAGCAACGGUUCCAGCUUCCUGGCCAGAGCACGGUCGAGUGGAGUUUGAUGCAGCUGUUUUGGCAUAUCGGCCUGGAUUGCCCAAUGCUCUGGAUGGAGUCAGCUUUAUGGUGUUGCCAGGUGAGAGGGUAGGUAUCAUUGGACGCACUGGCUCAGGGAAGUCUACUCUGUUCCUGGCAUUGUUUCGUAUGGUGGAACUGCAGCAGGGAUGCAUACUGCUGGACGGGGAGGACAUCAGUCAAGUUGGGCUCUCUCAGCUUAGGUCCAAGCUGGCCAUCAUCCCCCAGGAUCCCUUUUUAUUCUCUAGCUCAGUGAGGGAGAACCUUGACCCCUGUGGGCAUCACCUAGAACAUCAGCUACUAGACGCUUUGGAGCAAUGUCACCUAGGAGAUGUAGUUCGAAGAAUAGGAGGGUUGGAUGCUCCAGUGGGAGAGAGAGGAAAGUCUCUUUCAGUUGGUCAAAGGCAGCUGCUAUGUCUUGCUCGGGCUCUUCUGACUGAAGCUAACGUUUUAUGUAUCGAUGAAGCUACAGCCAGCGUAGAUCACAAGACUGACAUGCUUCUACAGAAAACUAUCCGAGAAAGAUUUAAGCACAAGACAGUGCUCACCAUUGCCCAUAGACUCAAUACAAUCAUGGACUCUGACAGAGUUCUGGUGAUGCAUGCUGGGAAGGUGGUGGAGUUUGACAGCCCAUCUGCUCUGCGCAAAAAAGAGAUUCAGUAUUUCAGAAACUUCUACAUGGAAGAGACGAAUGACUGAUUUUAUCCAAAUAAUAAUUCUAAAUGAAUAGGAGCACUGAUCUUGAUCAGUUGUUCAGUGGUUUUACAGACUCUGUAUCAGUUUGGUAAAAACGCACAUGGACUGAGAUUUCUUUAUGCAAUGUUUACAUGAUGACAUGAUGACAUUUACAUGAUGACACUUGUGUUUGCCAUUUGAUAACAGUGGAUGUAUAGCAGUUUAGAGCUAAAUAAAAUGUAACCUGUUGCCAGAA